GAAACAUAUCGAACAUUAAUAGACGCUGGAAACAGAAAAUAUUCAUAUGAAGAAAUUAUUGAAAUAUUUUUGUUUUUCUGACGACAAUUUGUAGUUUUGUGACUUUACUGAGAGUAACGUUGAUAUAUAACUGUGACCUUCCUAAAAUAAAAAUGUACAGGACCGAUAAGCAAUUCAUGAAAAAUCCAGCAACUGCUGGAGCAAGAAUAUAUGUAGGCGCUCUUGGUAAAACGGUGAUCGCCAAUGACUUGGAGGAAAAAUUUAAACAACAUGGAAAUAUAAUAGGUUUGUCUUUGAAUACAGGGUUUGCUUUCAUACAGUAUGAGCAUGAUCAUGAAGCACAAGCUGCCAUUCAAAAAGAGAACAAUUCUAUGAUAUGUGGAAAGAAAAUAAUAGUAAAGCAAGCAAAUCUAGGCCCGCAAAGAGGUCCACCUCCAAGAUUGGGUCCUUCUGGACCACAGCAUAGGCAAGGUCCUCCUUCAGGGCCUUUACAAGAUGUCCCAUCAAAACCAAAUAUUAUGCCUUUGUUAUCGACUCCACUCCAACAACCUCCUGGUUCUAAGAUUUCACCAGAUUCUAAAUUCAAACCAGAUAAUGAUCAUGAAUUUCAAGAUGAUAUUAUAGAAGAUGAUAGGCCUAAUAUUCGUCCACCUGGACCACCUCAGCAUAAUGAUGACAGAGGUCGAAAAGGUGCUAGGAGAGGUGGAGUUAGAGGAAGGUCCAAUGAACGUGACAGGCUAAGGUUUGAACCUCCACCUAAGAUGGAAAUGUUUAGAGAUCGGGAACCGUUCUAUGGAAGGGACAAUCGUGAUUUUCCUCCACCUCACAGAGAACCUUAUGCAGCCCCCGUAAUUGAACCUCCUCCUCCAGUAGUAGAUAAAAAUGAUUGUGAAAUCAUUGUUGUUGCUAAAGCUCUCACUGAAUAUGCUGAAUUUAUAGAACAGAAGUUGAAGAAUCUGGGUCUGGAAGUUGAUCUACUUUUUCCCAAUGAAGAUGUUCCAAUUGGUAAAGUUUUAGCCAAUAUUUCCAGUCGAGGAUGUCUUUAUGCCAUUCUUGUAAUGCCUAUAAACGAAGAGCAUAGGAGUUUGACUUUAAACAUACUACAUGGAAUUACACAAGAACAUAGAAACAUGCCCAUAGAUGAUGCUAUGAUAUUAAUAUCAAGGAACUAUGAAUCAUACAUGAAAGGUGAUCUAGCACCAUCGGAACAGUCAGGACAGAUGAAAUUGCUAGAUAGGCAUCCUAAUAACAUGCAGAUACUGCUCAAUCUACUAUCUGAAAACCGCCAGAUAACAAGCACCCAGUAUGAUAAGUUGAUAAAGUACCUGCAGGAAAGAAAAGAAUUGCAAGUUGAAUAUGAAGUAGCUGAAGGCAUCAUUCCUGGAGAGGAAUCGGAUCCCAAACAAGCUGAACUGCAGAAUCGCAUCAUGAAUAUUCUGAAUAAAAGUGCAGAUGCCCCUAUUCCUGCAUCGAUCACCAAUCCUGAUCCAGCUCCUACUACUGAACCCACACCAAUUUUAAAAGACCCAACGGUUCAGAAAGCAUUGGAUAGUUUAAUGUUAGGAGAUAUGUUCAAAAACAUUGCUACGUCUGUUUAAAAUAUGUAAAAUAGUUUAAUAUAAUCGAGAGUUUAAUAUUAUUGUAUUAAUUUUGAUUUUUUCGUCAGCUACAUUCUAUUAUUAUAACGAUAGUUUUAAGAAGUUUUAUCAAUUUCUGAAUCAUUUUCAGUGCUUAUCUGAUUAUUUAUUUGGUCAUUUUAUUCACAUUGAAUUGAGUAACUAGUGAUUGAUCAAGCAAAAUAUGUGUCAUUGUGGAAUGAGUAUGUGGACUACAUAAUUAUUUGAAUAAAUAAACCUGAUUUUCAAUUU